UGCGGUCACAUUGCGGAGCAGUAAAAAUCGACGUUAACGUUUCUGAUCAAUUAAACAAUAGAAAAACCCGGCCGCAGAUCGCCCACUGACCGUACCGCCCUCGCCACGCCCACAGCGCCCACGCCGCCACGCCCCCUGGCGCGGGUCACAUCGAUAGAGAGCUUUGCGAGCGUGUGAGUGCGCGCGGAGUGGAAGGAGACGACGAAGAGGAAACCGAAAAAGAGGAAAAAAAAAACAGGCAGGCGAAAAGCGAUAAGAAACGGAACAGAACACACUGGGAGAAACUUCGCGAUAAGAAACCGAAACUCGGGGCCAGCGGAAAUAGCCAAGAUUCUGGGAUGGAUUAGCGGGCGAUUGUGAGAGCCAACUGGAACUAGGGACUAGGAUCUGGAGCAAGGAACCGCAGUCGGCGCAGCCAUGUCAUCCGGCGGCGCGGUCAACAUCCAGAUCGUCUCCAUGCCGAACCUGGCCAAGAUCGAGAGCUUCCUGAAGGACGUCAGCUACCGGGAGACGAUCGAGUACAGCGCCAACUUCAACACGCGCCUCUGCAUCGAGCGGCGCCUGCGGCUGCCCUUCCUCGACCCGCAGACGGGCGUCGCCCAGAACCACUCGCAGCUGUUCCUCGACAAGCGCCAGCGGAUGCCGGGCUUCCGGCAGGGCCAGAUCUACACCUACCCGGCGGCCCGGUGGCGGAAGAGCCGCCGCCAGUACUUGAGCAAGAUGUACAGCCGCUUCCCGGAGCGUCCCUUCCAGGCGCUGCGCAAGGAGCACGAGGCGCUGGUGGCCAGCGGCGUGAACAUGGGCCUGAGCCACAGCCUGACCAGCGGCGUGGGUCUGGGCGUGGGUGUGCCCAUGUCGCUGCCCCUGCCGCUGCAGCUGCCGGGCAGCCAGAGCCUGGCGAGCAGCUCCUCCCUGACGCUCAACAUGCUCACCGGCGGCGGAGCGGCGGUUCCGUCGGUUCUGGGCUCCCUGCACAGCGACACGGCCCACGAUUUCAACGGGGCCUUCAGCCUGGAGGAGUCCAGCUCGCUGGGUGCCGCCGGCGGCGAUACCUCCGACAGCAAGGACAGCCAGCAGCAGCAGCAUCAUCAGCAGCAGCAGCAGCAGCAGCAGCUGGCCGCCAAGGAGGAGCAGCUGCCCAAGGAGUGGUUCUACGAUGACAUGGACAUGAACGACGUGGACUCGCUGGAGGAGCCCAAGUCGCCGGCGGACGAUGAGUACGACUACGAUCCGCGCUACGGCAACAAGAAGCGGCGCAAGCGGCGGCCCGGGAAGCAGCGAGGCGGGGAUUCCGGCGGCGGUGGCGGCGGAGGAGGCACCGGCGGGAGUGCCGGCGGAGGCUCCAGCUCGCGGAGACGCAGUGCAGCGGCCAGGUCGCGCAUCACCACGACGGACGCGGCGCUGGACGCCUCGCUGGAGGCCAUCGAGUCGCUGGGCGAGAGUGUGCCGGGCAGCAAUGGCGGCGGUCCGGUCGCCGGCGGCGGCGGCGGCGGCAUUCUGGCCGGGAUCUCCGGUGCAGGCGGAGCAGGCGGUGCAGGCGGAGCAGGAGCAGGCGGCGCAGGAGGAGCGGCAGGAGCUGCGGGAGCCAACAGCCGGCGAUCCCGGGGAGCGGGAACCCGCGGAAGGCGACGAACCAAGGGACCCAGCAGCGCCGUCGGCGUGGCCUGCGAUCCCAGUAGUCCCGGCCUGGUCAUCGAGCCGCCUUCCUUCGAGAGCGCCGCCGCUGCGGUGGGCGUGGUGGAGGACGCCAACGCCCAUCUGCGCAACUAUCGGAAGUAUCUGUAACUCUGAAAACUAAUUCAAUUCGCCGUGUAAUUCAAUCAAUAUCCCCCUGUUUUCGAUUUACCUUUCGCACCUAAUUUAAAGUUAGUUCUUAAGCCGCGAAUGAGAAGAAGCUAAUCACAUUGUGGACCAGGAACAGGAACAGAAACAGGAUUAGGAUCAACACGCGCACCAGGCCGUAGCCAAUACAAUUCCAAUGUUUCGCCUCUCUUAACUUUAUGUUCCCAUAGCCAAUUGAUUGUUGUUUUUUGAACUACCAAAUGGGCGGGCGAGCUGCUUUCGAAGGGAAACUUACUUAGCAGCUCGCCAGUCUAUUUAACUUAUAUUGUACAUUUUCUAUACGAGUGUACAGGCAUUAUAUAUAUUUACCUGCAUUAUAUUAGCGACUCUACUUAAGGCCAGCCCAAUUUCGGGGCCCCUGGCUCUCCGCCUAAUCGCAAUCUCUCGGUUUCUGUUGCUGCUACUUUAUAUCUAUCCUUCACAAUUUCCCCAAAAACCCCACACACACAUAUUAUAUUCAAUUUUUUUAACCAAAAUUUUAGUUAAACAAAGGAGACAAUUCAGAUUGUAAUCUAUUUAGGCAAGUGGUAGGGUAUCUCUAGCAUAUAGAACAAGCUAAGAAACAAUUUCGAAAAACCAAAAUUUUUUCUCUAGAAUCAUAAUUCUUAAGCUGAGCUGAAAACGAAGAAAACAAAUUUUAACAAAAACUAAGCGAGUAUAAAAAUAAAUCAAGAUCAAAACACACAAAAAUUAUGUACAUUUUCGGAAGAAGAAUCAAAGUCCACAAAAUUUUAACGAUUGAGAGGCAAAAAUCAGACAAAAAAAACCCACAGAGAAGGCAAAAAAAAAUGGAAAUAGGUUUCUAAGAUGUUUUAAUAUAUUUUGUAAUAACAAA